CACCAAUAGGUACCGGUAGUCUUUUGCUUGCACAUUGUAAUUGUUUUCAAAAUAUUAAUAGUCAGCAAAAAAUUGUGAAAUUUCCUUACUAAACUGAAAUUUAGAUCGGAUUAAUUACUAGUGCAAAUAACUUUAAUAAGCUCUUAAUAUAUUAUUGAAGAAAUAGACACCCAGUCAUCCGGAUCAAGAUCACUGACGCAAGGCCAUCGCUUUUAACACACUGCUAUGAAAUUUAAGUUCUGCUCUGACGGUGACUGUCCGCUGUGGGCGCUGGCAGCGCUACACGCACUGGGCAGCCUACCUGCACCCAUCUUCAGGACUUUGUUGCAUCAUGUUGUAGAAGAACAGCCAGAUGACGGCAUCAUGGAUAUAUUAAAGAACACAAGCUUAUCAUCUCGCGAUGAAUGCGCUCGUGCUGCAGCAGUACUCCGUUGGACAUUGAAACAAGCACAUCGUUGUGGGUGCAGCGGAGUUCAGCUGGCGAGGGACUUACUCGUCCUGGGCGUGCCACGGGCUCACGCAUCUGCGCUUGCGGAUGCAGCGGAGACAGGGAGAGAAGCUUAUGAGACGCAUAUUAAAAAUAAUGGAUUCAUGAUUAAUAAACUAACAGAUGUGUCUGCAGCACCUGGCCCUGAAGGUACAGUUGAUACUGUAAAACUCACCAUUCAAUCCGAUGAAGUAUUUACUGGGGAGCAGAAUACGGCUGAAUUAAUAAUAGAUAAAUCCCAGGUCAAGAUUUUACUAGAAGAUAUGAAAAAAGCGCUCAAAAGAAUGGAAGAAUUUGAUACUAAAUGAAUAAUAAUAAUCUGUAUUAACAAGAAUCUGUCAAUCUAUGAUGAAAUACUAACCACUUUUGAUUUGUUACUUGAUUUUAAGAUUAAUUUCGGAGUUAUGAAUUUAUUUAUUCGUUAAAGCUAUGAUGAUUCGAUGAUAUUUAAAAAUGCAUUUCCGAAGAUAAGUUUAUCUUAUUCAAAUUCAAAUUAUUUAUUUGCAAAGUUGUAGGUUCAUUUUUGAUGUUACCAUGGUUAAAAUCCUGCCACAACGACCAUAAGAUGGUAUGCAAAGGCCAAAUGUGAUUGACUAUCUUAUUACGUGUUAUAUGUAUCAAUUUACAGUUAUUUUAGUCAAUAAAACUUAAUAUUAAGGACAAUCCAAUGAAUUGAGAAAGAAAGAAAAGAGACCGUAGACAUUUUUUAGAAAUAUAAACUUUUUCUUACUCAAACUCAAUAAUUAUUUUAAAAUGAAACAAAAUAUUCCAAACAUUCGAAUUGGUUCUUAAAUUUUUAUU